AUGGAUGUAACAGAUCAGGUUUUCUUUGAAAAAGAUGUUCUCCGGAGCGGUCAGGGUAAUGUUCCCCAUGUAGUGAUGUGCAAGGCAGUACCAGUUUCUCUAAGAGGGACUGAUUCUCAGUAUACCUGUACAGAAAUGCUUCACUGGGACGAGUAUCGAGAAGAAUUUGGUGUACAAGAUGGUACGGCCAAAAUGAUGGAUGCUUUUUCCUUAAAAACGGAGUUACCGUUUAAAGGAUACACUUUUAAGAGUCAAAAAUGUGAUAUAACUGCAUAUUCUGUUGCCUUAAAUCCUGCUUUUAGUGAUUCCUUUACACAGACAUUUUGUGGAGAGAUGCAACACUGGGAUGAUUACCGAGAGAUGAAUAAUAUUCGGGAUGGAACUCCGUCUAUGAAAGAGUUGUUUUACCCAAAGGUGUUUUGCGGGUGUGAUCUUUUCAUUUUAGACUCGAAGAGAAAACUCACCGUGGCUAAAUCAAUGUGCAUCGCGACAAUACGGAAAAACUUUGGCAAGGAUGUACAACCACUCUAUACAGAGAUGCUCCAUUGGGAUGACUACCAAGUGACUAGUGGCACCGUGCCAACUCCAAAAAUGGAGGACCUUUUUGGAAAGCAGUAA